CCCGCAUCCAUUUCAUUGCAAAGUGGCAUCUUCCCAGGUCUGCUUUGUAUUUCAAAGCAUCCAUUGAUUUUUAACCUACCCUCCCUAUUAACUCAACCAAUUUGCAAUACUCGAUAUCUUUUCAAGUUUAUCAUUUCCCAACACUCCGUUUUCCAAUAUCCCGUCACUGUGUCAAUUUGGUUUAUUCAACUAUAACGACCUGUGUGGCGUUGUCGUUAUCCCUUACUCUUGACUGAAACAUCCAAAAGUAACAAUGGUUCUUGUUAAGAGCUUCGUGCUCACAGGCCUUGCCGCCGUUGUGGCAGCCAAGUCUGCUGUCCUUGAUCUCAUACCAUCCAACUUUGACAGUGUUGUCCUCAAUUCGGGCAAGCCUACUCUUGUAGAAUUUUUUGCUCCCUGGUGUGGGCACUGCAAGAACCUUGCUCCCGUGUAUGAGGAGUUAGCUCAAGCUUUCGCUACUUCUAAGGAUGUUCAAAUUGCCAAGGUUGAUGCUGAUGCCGAGAAGGACUUGGGGAGGAAAUACGGAGUACAGGGGUUCCCUACUCUCAAGUGGUUCGACGGCAAGAGUGACAAGCCAACUGAUUACUCGGGUGGCCGAGAUCUAGAGAGCUUGACCAAGUUCAUUACAGAACAGAGCGGUGCUAAGGCCAAGAGAAAGCUGGAGAUGCCUAGCCAUGUAAACAUGUUAACGGAUGCUACCUUCAAGGAGACCAUUGGGGGUGAUAAGAAUGUAUUGGUUGCGUUCACCGCUCCCUGGUGUGGUCACUGCAAGGCCUUGGCUCCUACCUGGGAAACCCUCGCCGAGGACUUCAUCAACGAGCCCAGCGUUGUUAUCGCUAAGGUUGAUGCCGAGGCAGAUAAUAGCAAGGCAACUGCUGCUGAAUACGGCGUUACCUCCUACCCGACCCUCAAGUUCUUCCCUAAGGGCUCGACCGAACCCGAAGCCUACUCGGGCGGCCGAACCGAGAAGGACCUCAUCGACUUCAUCAAUGGGAAGGCUGGCACUCACCGUGUCCCCGGCGGCGGUCUUGAUGCGACCGGCGGUACCAUCGACGUCCUAAACCACAUUGCCCUGAAGUACGCUAUCGGUACGGAGAAGCUAGCCGACCUUGCGGCCGAAGCUAAGAAAGUCGCCGCCAGUCUGGCUGAAGAUGCGCAAUACAAGUACGCUCAGUACUACAUCAGGGUGUUCGACAAGCUGUCGCAGAAUGAGGGUUACGUUGCUAAGGAGUCGGCCCGCUUGGACGGUAUCAUCAGGAGGGGCGGUCUAGCUCCCUCUAAGUUGGACGAGCUACAGGCCAAGACCAAUAUCCUCAAGCAAUACACCCAGCAAGCCGCCGAGAAGGUCGCGGAGAAGGUCGUGGGCAAGGAUGAGCUAUAGUAUAACUCCUAGAGGAAAGAAUAAGCCAAGCAAACAUUUUGUAACGAAUAACGAAAAACGAGUCUCUUAAUCCGAGCUACGUAUUAUGAUCAUGGUAUUGGCCAUAGUCAUUCAUCCUAAGCAAACCAUCGCAAUAGAUGUACUUAUCAAUUCUUCCACAACGCCAAGCAAUGCCUUAAGUGAUGUCCCAACUCUAACUUCGUCUAAUUUAGCACUACUGCUGUUUCGAGGCCGCAUUAGAUAACUUCUCCUCACUCGCUUGCAGCGCAGAUUCGAGGCUAUCCAAACGUCGCGUCAUCUCGUCCA